AUGGCCCAGAGCCGCCCUGACACAUCAUGGCAUUUCGUCGGCCAGGCUUCUGCAUUCCCUAACGUCACUUCUGACAAGGCAGGCAGUCUCACUGAAAAUUAUCCAUGUGGAGGUGGUCGCGAGCCGGAGCCAGACUCCUCCGCUACUGGCUGUAAGGUAUUCUUUGUACCUGAAGAGAAAGACUCUGAUGCCACGCUUGUCGACCUGGAUGACCCCAUCACGGCUCUGGAGCUCAAGAAUCAGGUACUUAUUUUUCAAUACAAUGGGAAGUUUCAUGCUGUUGAUCAUAAAUGCCCUCACUCCUCAUUCCCAUUAUCCCAAGGGACACCGUUUGACAUCGAAGAUUUCGGGGUUGUAUUGAGCGCUGGGAUCCAGUGUCCAAAACACGGCUGGUCGUUCGACCUCUUUACAGGCAUGGCGGACAGAAGUGCAUACAAACUCACAAUAUGGGAGCUGCAACUACGCCCUGAAACUGUGAAUCUAGGCCAAGGAGAAAAUAACCCCGACCAAGGAAUCUGGGUUCGGAAGAAACCAAGGAUGGGAUAA